CUUCUCCCACUGAACCGAACACAGGGAGAAGAGAACCACAUCUGAGUCCCGACUCCCGACCCACCUUCUGCUCCUCCCCGCGACCGAAUCCGCCGCCCCGCCGCCGCCUGAGGAAGGAAGAGCCCCGCCGCGCGCGAUGAACACCGACAUCACCGCGUCCGUGAAACCGGAGUACCCGGUGGUGGACAGGAACCCGGCCUUCACCAAGGUCGUCGGCAACUUCUCCGCGCUCGACUACCUCCGCCUCUCCACCAUCUCCGCCGUCUCCGUCACCGUCGGCUACCUCUCCGGGAUCAAGCCGGGGAUCCGCGGGCCGUCGAUGGUGACGGGGGGCCUCAUCGGGGUCUUGGGAGGGUUCAUGUACGCCUACCAGAACUCCGCCGGACGCAUCAUGGGAUUCUUCCCCAACGAAGCCGAGGUCGCGCGCGCCAAGCACAACAAGUUUUAGUAGGCGGCAUUUCUCCUUGUCUCUCUACCGCAAGCGUUACAUCUUUUAUCUUUCUAAUCUCUUGUUAGCUUCACUUGAUGUGGGCAAUGCGUGGCCUUGGUUAAAUAAAUGUGGUACCUUGCUGCACAGUUGUGAGGAAUUCAUGCUAUGGUUCAGCCCUUUUUGUUACGAUUGGGUGAGAAUUUGGUCGCCAUUUCUGUGAACCUAUGGAAUCCUGCUGUGAAAUUGUGGAAUCGUUAUAUUAACAUGGAUUUUAGUAUUUCUAGAUAA